CAUUAACCUAAAGUAGCAGGGGGUUUAGCGUCGUCAAUGGGAAGCACACGCCACGGUGGAAAAGCGAAUACUGUCUAGCUAACUUCCAUUUACAACAUGGGUUCCACGUCGAUUCCGUGUUUGUGGAUUACAUUUUGCAUUCAUUUAUGUUGUUUUAUGGACACUGGAAAAGCACAGAAUGCGAAAGAAGUGAUUCUGUUGGAUUCCAAGGCGCAGCAGACAGAGCUGGAGUGGAUAUCCUAUCCUCCUAGUGGGUGGGAAGAGAUCAGCGGGUUGGAUGAAAACUACACCCCCAUUCGCACAUACCAGGUUUGUCAGGUCAUGGAGCCCAAUCAGAACAACUGGCUUCGGACUAGCUGGAUAGAGAAGGGCGAUGCCCAAAGGAUUUUUGUGGAACUGAAGUUCACCUUGAGGGAUUGUAACAGUCUACCCGGUGUGGUGGGCACGUGCAAGGAGACAUUCAACUUGUAUUACCAGGAAACCGAUUCGGAGGUCGGCAGGAAUAUACGAGAGAACCAGUAUGUGAAAAUUGACACAAUCGCAGCAGACGAGAGCUUCACCCAGGGGGACCUGGGAGAGAGGAAGAUGAAGCUGAAUACAGAAGUGCGCAUCAUUGGGCCGCUGUCCAGACGAGGGUUUUACCUGGCCUUCCAGGAUGUAGGGGCAUGCAUCGCUCUGGUCUCUGUCAAAGUUUAUUACAAGAAGUGCUGGUCCAUCAUUGAGAACCUGGCCACUUUCCCAGACACAGUGACGGGGUCAGAGUUCUCCUCUCUGGUCGAGGUCGAGGGCAUGUGUGUCAGUGACGCCGAGGAGGAGGCCGACAACUCUCCCAAGAUGCACUGCAGCGCAGAGGGGGAAUGGCUGGUGCCUAUAGGGAAAUGUAUAUGCAAAGCGGGAUUUCAUCAGAAGGGCGAUGCAUGUGAACCAUGUGGCCGUGGGUUCUACAAGUCCUCGUCCCAGGACCUGCAGUGUUCGCGCUGCCCAGCACACAGCUACAAUGAUCGAGAGGGCUCGUGGCGCUGCGACUGUGAGGACGGCUACUACCGGGGACUCUCGGACCCACCCUCUGUGGCCUGCACAAGACCUCCCUCGGCGCCACAGAACCUGGUCUACAACAUCAACCAGACCACGGUCAGCCUGGAGUGGAGCCCGCCGGCCGACACGGGCGGCCGCAACGACGUCACCUAUAGGAUUAUGUGCCGUCGCUGCAGCUGGGAGCCCGAGGAGUGCGUGCCGUGCGGGGGUAACGUGGGAUACUCCCCCCAACAGGCGGGAUUAGUGGACACCUACGUGAGCGUGGUGGACCUGCUGGCCCACGCCAACUACACCUUCGAGGUUGAGGCAGUCAACGGGGUAUCUGACCUCAGCCGCACCCAGAGGCUGUUCGCCGCAGUCAGCAUCGCCACCAGUCAAGCAACUCCCUCCCAAGUCAGUGAAGUCAUCAAGGAGAGAGUGCAGCAGCGCAGCAUCCAGCUCUCCUGGCAGGAGCCUGAGCAGCCCAACGGAGUCAUCACCGAAUAUGAGAUCAAGUACUACGAAAAAGACCAGAAGGAUCGCAUCUACUCCACAGUGAAGUCCAGGUCCACGUCAGCCACAGUGAACAACCUGAAACCCAGCACUGCCUACGUGUUCCAGAUCCGAGCCUUCACCGCGGCCGGCUACGGCACCUACGGACCCCGGCUGGAGGUCACCACCAAGGAGGAGGCCUCAGCAGCCACCAUUGUCUCCAGCGAGCAGAAUCCCGUCAUCAUCAUCGCGGUGGUGGCCGUGGCGGGGACCAUCAUCCUGGUCUUCAUGGUGUUCGGCUUCAUCAUUGGGAGAAGGUACGCUCUCGCGGGCCCCAUUGACUCUCCGCUGCUACACUGUGGCUACAGCAAGGCGGACCAGGAAGGAGACGAGGAGCUGUAUUUCCAAUUUAAAUUUCCAGGCACCAAAACAUACAUUGACCCUGAAACCUACGAGGACCCGAACAGGGCUGUCCAUCAAUUUGCCAAGGAGCUGGACGCGUCCUGCAUUAAGAUUGAGCGAGUUAUUGGAGCAGGAGAGUUUGGGGAGGUGUGUAGUGGACGGAUGAAACUCCCAGGGAAACGGGACAUGUCAGUGGCCAUUAAAACCCUGAAGGUGGGCUACUCAGAGAAACAGAGGAGGGACUUCCUGUGUGAGUCCAGCAUUAUGGGCCAGUUUGACCAUCCCAAUGUUGUCCAUCUGGAGGGAGUGGUGACCAGAGGCAAACCGGUGAUGAUUGUGAUUGAAUAUAUGGAAAACGGCUCGUUAGAUGCUUUUCUCAGGAAACAUGAUGGUCAGUUCACAGUGAUCCAGUUAGUGGGAAUGCUGCGGGGCAUAGCAGCAGGGAUGAGAUAUCUCUCCGACAUGGGGUAUGUCCAUCGAGAUCUGGCUGCACGAAAUGUACUUGUCAACAGCAAUCUCGUAUGUAAAGUGUCUGACUUCGGCCUGUCAAGAGUGAUCGAUGACGAUCCCGAGGCUGUCUACACAACAACGGGGAAGAUGCAGGAUAUAAUGAAUUUGAUCUUUACUCCAGCCACUGACCUGCAUUUUACUGAACAGGGUGGAAAAAUACCUGUUCGAUGGACAGCAAUGGAAGCCAUCCAGUACCGUAAAUUCACUUCCGCUAGUGAUGUGUGGAGUUAUGGCAUUGUCAUGUGGGAGGUCAUGUCCUAUGGGGAACGGCCUUACUGGGACAUGUCCAAUCAAGAUGUGAUAAAGGCCAUAGAAGAGGGGUACCGCCUCCCUGCUCCCAUGGACUGCCCUCCAGGCCUGCACCAGCUAAUGCUGGACUGCUGGCAGAAAGACAGGGCCGAUCGACCCAAAUUUGAUCAAAUAGUUGGCAUCCUUGAUAAGAUGAUUCGCAAUCCCAAUACCUUGAAAACCCCGGUGGGAACCUGCACGAGACCUAUUAGUCCCCUGUUAGAUCAGAGCACACCAGACUUCACUACUUUCCGCUCGGUUGGGGAGUGGCUGGAGGCCAUCAAGAUGGAGAGAUACAGAGACAACUUCACCGCUGCUGGCUACAGCUCACUGGACUCUGUGGCCAGGAUGUCAAUUGAGGAUGUGAUGAGCUUGGGGAUCAGUUUAGUGGGCCAUCAGAAGAAGAUCAUGAGCAGCAUACAGACUAUGAGAGCCCAGAUGCUGCAUCUCCAUGGCACAGGAAUCCAGGUGUGAUGACAGACUACAGUGCCCCCUGUGGACGGGCUAUCUAGAGCAGCACUAAGGCAAAACCUCCCAGGAUAAUCAUUGAAAAUCAUGUGACGUGAUGUCGUCUCCUAUCUGACUAUUGUUUUCCGGAUGUUUCGGAAUGAAAUAAUUCCUGUGAUCCUUGGCGAAGGAUUUAACCCCUCUUUAGAACGGGUAUUAAGGAGAGAAUGACAGAAUACUACCUGAACAUGAUACCGAACUUAAACCGCUCUGAGGAACUCUCAACAACAUAUCAAAUAGAGAUGGAGCUUUGGAGAAUGAGUUUGAUACGUAUUACCUUGUUCUUUUAACCUCGUGAAUGAUUUUAUUUGUGCACCAUGAAAAUGGAUUUCACUUAAAAAAAGGAAAAAGAAAAAAGAUUUCAAACAAUUUGUUUAUUCCCCUUGCGGUGGUUUUUCAGUAUUUUCUUUACUAGUUUGUUCAUUUUGUUAGUGUCAGGAGCCACAGUGAUAUGGUGUGGUACGUACAGUAAUCUUUCAUUUUUAUUUUCCCCUUACAAUUGUUUUCUUCCUUUUUUCUAUUUUGGACUUGACAACAGGGUAAACGUUCCCAUCCAAAAGGAUGAAUAUGGUGUCUGAACAUUUUGGUGAAAAUGAUUUAGAGGUACUUUGACCAGUUUGUCUUGAGACACUACUGGCUGUUUUAACUGUUUGCAGUGACUUGUGUUUUUUCUUCCUGAUGUUUUUGAAGUGAAAAAUGGUAUCCUGCACCUCAGAUAAGUGACUUCAGAGAUAGUAGUAUUCUCUUGGUCGUUUGAAGCUUACAGGAGUGCUUUGCUGUAUGCAUUUUUCUGAACACAGAUGCUCCCAAUUUAUGAUGGAAAAUCAUAUUUCAAAUUUGUAUGUAGACGUUUUGAAACAGUAUGACACCAAUCAUUCAAAUUGAUUUAAGAUGGAUCACAACUUUUAUAUCUAAUAUCCAGCAUCAAAGUGGCAACAUUCUUUACAUGUUCAUGUUUACCACAUUAAUCAUUUGAUCAUAUUGUCCAAUAUGCUUUCAAUCUGAACUUUGAUUUCCGUUGUUUAAAUCAUUAAUGAACGUUUCCACAGAUAGCUCUACAGAAAGAUUGUAUUGAAACUUAAUGAGAUGACUUGAUCCACCGCAAAUGGUGUUGCCAUUGAAAUGCCCCCCCCCCCACCCCAAAAUGUUGCAGCAAACGGUAUUUGUUUCGUAUUUUAGUGAAUACAGUAGUUGAGGGUGAAUCUAGGAAAUGCUGUGUACAUUCUUUCUAGAAGUAAUAAUGCCUUAAAACGUGUUGGACUAAUGUAUUGACAUUAUUUUUAGGCUAUUCAAUGGCAAUGUUUUUUGCAGUUCAGUGAGGCAGGUCUUGUGUAGGGUUGAAUGGAAAGGUUCCCCAUUUUCUUUGUGGUAUCCUUUCAUGCAGGUUGACGUUUAUUGUUACGAAUCUUUCCCUGGAGGCAGAACUGAGCAGUUUCCGCUAGAUGGGCCAGCUGCAAAAUCCAAAUUGGCUAUGUAAAAAUUCAUGAAAACAAACAUUCGCUUUUUGGUCUUAAUUUAAGGUACGGGUUAGACAUUAGGGUUAGCAGUGUGGUUAAAGCAAAGGGAAAGGGGGAUACCUAGUCAGUUGUACAACUGAAUGCCUUCAACUGGAAUGUGUCUUCUGCAUUUAACCCAACCCCUCAAGGUUAGGGUUAAGGUUAGAGUUAGGUUUAAAAUCAGAUUUGAUGACUUUGUGGCUGUGCCAGCUAGUGACCACCCUGCAGAGCUGCCUCCAGGGCAAGACUCAUGAAAGUAAAUGCCAACCUGCUCCAUUAAUCCUGAACUUGAAAAUCAUGCACACCUGCGUAUGCUGAAUUUCACGAUUGAUGAUUGACACAGUCAGUGUAGGGUAGAAGAUUGACCAAACAGAGCAAUAAUUAGUCCAGGUAGAAAUGGUCCUCCUCUGAGAUGUGAAGGUGCUAGGUUUUACAGAAAUGUCUGUUGUGCUGGGAUAAUAUACCGGUAUACUAAGUUAUCAAAUCAUUAAAUAGUAAUGCCACUUACGAAAUGGUAUCCCGGAAUAUGCUAAUGACUUAAUAACGAAGUCACAGUGUAUGACUAUAUUUGGAAUAUAUGGCUGUAACAGUGGGGUGAAAUGACAUUCAAGCAGCAGAGAGGCACACGCAUUAGUCAUGACAUCAUCCUUUCCAUUGCACCACACUUAAUUUGAAGGCCUUCAGUUUGGUAUGAGGUACUUACAGUAUCUAAUAACCCAAUAUCAUGAUAUAUAGAAAAUCCUGAUACUCCUUAUUACGAUGAUCAUACUGUGAAAAUCACUUACCGUCCCAGCCCUAGCCAUUCAGGAGAGCCAGGCAAACAGUAUGGGUGAUGUAACAUGCAUAAAAGUGUUUCCAUCCAUCCAUCCAUCCUUUUUUUUUUACUUCCCUUCCCUUUGUAUGCUAAUCAGGGCACAGAGAUUAGGAAUGGGCUCUGCAAAGAUGUGCUAAAAAGCCAACCUAAUGGUGCCAUCAGUCUUCACCUUUUACAACAAAAUGAAUGUUAUCAUAUAUGUCUUUAGCAUUGUAUUAUUCUCUGACGAAUGCUUGGUUCACUCAUUUCUUUCUCAUUAAAAGUAGGGAAAAUAUAGGUAUUUCCAACUGCAGUUGUGUAAAAAAUAGGGGGGGGGGGGGGGGUUUCACAGUAUUUUCAGAAGAGGUGGAUAAACAUACAGUACCAGUCAAAAGUUUGGACACACCUAGUCAUUCAAGGGUUUUUCUUUAUUUUUACUAUUUUCUACAUUGUAGAAUAAUAGUGAAGACAUCAAAACUAUGGAAAAACACAUAUGGAAUCAUGUAGUAACCGAAGAAGUGUUAAACAACAUUUUAGAUGUUAGAUUCUUCAAAGUAGCCACCCUUUGCCUUGAUGACAGCUUUGCAGACUCUAGGCAUUCUCUCAACCAGCUUCACCUGGAAUGCUUUUCUAACAGUCUUGAAGGAUUUCCCACAUAUGCUGAGCACUUGGCUGCUUUUCCUUCCCUCUGCGGUCCAACUCAUCCCAAACCAUCUCAAUUGGGUUGAGGUCGAGUGAUUGUGGAGGCCAGGUCAUCUGAUGCAGCACUCCAUCACUCUCUUUCUUGGUCAAAUAGACGUUACACAGCCUGGAUUUGUGUUGGGUCAUUGUCCUGUUGAAAAACAAAUGAUAGUCCCACUAAGCCCAAACCAGAUGGGAUGGCGUAUCGCUGCAGAAGGCUGUGGUAGCCAUGCUGGUUAAGUGUGCCUUGAAUUCAAAAUAAAUCACACACAGUGUCCCCAGCAAAGCACCCCCACACCAUCACACCUCCCCCUCCAUGCUUCACGGUGGAUACCACACAUGCGGAGAUCAUCCAUUCACCUACUCUGCGUCUCACAAAGACACAGCGAUUGGAACCAAAAAUCGCAAAUGUGGACUCAUCAGACCAAAGAACACAUGUCCUCUGGUUGAAUGUCCAUUGCUCGUGUUUAUUGGCCCAAACAAGUAUUUUCUUCUUAUUGGUGUCCUUUAGUAGUGGUUUCUUUGCAGCAAUUCAACCAUGAAGGCCUGAUUAACGCAGUCUUCUCUGAAAAGUUGAUGUUGAGAUGUGUCUGUUACUUGAGCAGCAUUUAUUUGGGCUGCAAUUUCUGAGGCUGGUAACUCUAAUGAACAUAUCCUCUGCAGCAGAGGUAACUCUGGGUCUUCCUUUCCUGUGGUGGUCCUCAUGAGAGCCAGUUUCAUCAAAGCGAUUGAUGGUUUUUGCAACUGCACUUGAAGAAACUUUCAAAGUUCUUGAAAUGUCCCGUAUUGACUGACCUUCAUGUCUUAAAGUAAUGAUGGAUUGUCGUUUCUCUUUGCUUAUUUGAGCUGUUCUUGCCAUAAUAAGGACUUGGUCUUUUACCAAAUGAGGCUAUCUUCUGUACACCACCCCUACCUUGUCACAACACAACUGAUUGGCUCAAACAAAUUACAAAGGAAAUAAAUUCCACAAAUGAACUUUAACAAGGCACACCUGUUAAUUGAAAUGCAUUCCAGGUGACUACUUCAUGAAGCUGAUUGUGAGAAUGCCAAGAAUGUGCAAAGCUGUCAUCAAGGCAAAGGGUGGCUACUUUGAAGAAUCUCAAAUAUAUUUUGAUUGUUUAACUUUUUUGGUUACUACAUGAUUCCAUGUAUGUUAUUUCAUAGUUUUGAUGUCUUCACUAUUAUUACCUAGUGUAGAAAAUAGUGAAAAAUAAAGAAAAACCCUGGAAUGAGUAGGUGUGUCCAAACUUUUGACUGGUACUGUAUAUUUACCCAAUUUUAGAGUAUUUGGCUGUAGCUGAUGCUGUCUUUGUUCCUGUGGACUCAUCAUAGAUACAUAUUUUUAAAGCUGCAGUUUUUCCAGUGAUUAUUUAAGAUGCCCUUCCAUUUGCCUGUAGAGAAUGAAAGGGUCUUCGGAAAGCCAACCCUGAAACACCAUCAUGGACUUUGGCUGCAAGCUUAGCAUUUGUAAAGCCAUUAGCGAUUUUGUCUAUUCUUUCCUAGAUACAUUUCCAUUGUGCUCAGUCCAAAGGGACUCACCCCUGUGGUAGGGGGAUACCUGGGAAUCAGACCUUGCCCAGCCUACUCUGGGCCCUGUGUCACAGACAGACAGAGCCACUCUUUAUCCAUACAGCAAAGCUCAGCAAUUGGGUCUAUGCCAGCCCUUUGAAUUGAAUACCAGCGGCGCAAAGGCUUUCAGUCAGCACAAAACUCCCCAGUUCACAGGCAGGCAGCAGUCAAGUCCUCGUUCUCUCCCCCUCUCCCGUUCUCUCUCUGUCUACUCUCCCCUGCUCUGAUCUCAAGCAGCGGGCCCCUGGGGGCCUUCACACCUCGGUGCUGGAGGCCCCCGCUCCCGCUUCCCUCUCUCCCUGUGAGUCAGGGGUCCUGUAGAGACAGCAAUUUGAGCCAAAUUGAGAUUAAGACGUGGAUACAAUCGAUCCGCCAUAUAAAUCAUCUGUAACCUUCACAGGCAAUGUCACCUUUUACUGUUCGCUUUUACAUUGUUUCUUACCCAUUUUGUAGUUGAGGAUGUUUAACUCAAUAUAUGGGGGUGUUAUUGUGUUUCAAUUAAGUUUAAGGCAGUUUGUGUGGCGGGUUUAUUGGAUUCAAGAAUGAGAAGUCAUUUAAAAUAUGAAGUAGACUGGUUAAUAUUUUGCAAACCCUUUGGACAAACUGUUGGAAAUUGUGAAUGCGCCUUUGCAUAGAUGGUGGAUAAUUCCAAAGAGUUCAGCACUGUUGAUGGUGUCAGAAAGAUCAGAGAUCCGAGGAGACUUUGUAUAUGUUCUAACUGUAAAACUUGUACAUUUUAUUUAUAUUGUUGUUGUUUUUUUACACACAUUACUCUGUAGUGAGCUCUGAAUACAUUGAAAAUGCACUAUAUUUUUCUAUCUCACUUGCAGAUGAUUACUGUCACGCAGAAUAUUUUAGUUGUACAUACUUUCUCAUUUAGGACCAAAGACAGCUGAUAGGUUUUCCAUUUAGAAUUGUAUUUUGUUUUUAUUUUUGCCUUUUAGUUUAAUGUACAGUAAUACGAAUUGUCAAUUUAUUAUUUAUUUUUCUGUGAUGAGAGUAUUGAGAGUAUUCAUUGGUCAAGAGUAUUUUCCCCAAACAGCAGAAGUGUAAAAUCAUUACUUAGACGAUUUCUUGUUAAAUAGACGUUUCUUUUUUGCUUCGUAACCUUUGUAAUAGACUGUACAUAUAUUUUUGGAAAUAUAAUACAAUCUCUAUAGAAA